AUUUCCCUUCCAUCUUUUUCAUACUCUACCCGUUUGCCGCCGCCGCCGUUGUUCAUCAGCGGCGCCACCAACUUUAACUCCGUUUACUGAAAAGAUGAUGACGGGAGAGGAAGGACAGCCAUUGCCGUAUGUAUCGGAGAUAGUGUUGAAAAAAAGGAAAAUAAGAGAUGAGUUAGCGAUUACGAGGAGGACCCAGUUGGAGUUGGGUAAAUAUGGAGCGAAGAAAAGCAAGAAGCAAUCUUAUGUUUCCGACAUCAAAAGACCAGAACAGUUCAUAAAAGAGUUCAGAGAUAAGGAGUUGGAUCUGAUCAGAAUGAAACAGAGGGCAAAGAGGCCAAAGUUGACAAUACCAAAACUGAGGUCAAAGUUACUUUUCAUCAUCCGUAUUCAAGGCAAAAAUGAUAUGCAUCCAAAAACUAGGAAGAUCUUGUACAAACUGAGAUUGAGGAAAGUUUUCAGUGGUGUCUUUGUGAAGGCAAGUGAGGGUGUGAUGGAGAUGUUGCAGAAGGUGGAACCGUAUGUCACAUAUGGAUAUCCUAAUCUUAAGAACGUGAAGGAGCUGAUUUACAAGAAGGGAUAUGCAAGGAUCGACAAGAAAGCAGUACCUCUGACAGAUAACAACAUAAUCGAACAGACAUUGGGGAAGUAUGGAAUUAUAUGCAUAGAAGACAUUGUACACGAAAUUGCGAAUGUCGGUCCACAUUUCAAGGAGGUUGUUCAUUUUAUGGGACCUCUAAUGCUGAGCAAGCCAGAAGAUGGAUUAAUCAAAGGGAAGAAACAGCCAUACAAAGAAGGCGGAGAUGCCGGAAAUCGUGAAGAUGAAAUCAAUGACCUAAUCAGUAAGAUGAACUAGGUUGAAUAUUUGAGUUCGUAGAAGUAAGUUUUGAUGGGUGGAAGGUGUCUAGUUUUGAAUUGACUUUUGUUUUCAUUAUAAUCAAGCUAAUUUACUAUUUUUUGUAUGUUGAGAAAAAAUCCCUUUGAAUCUUCUGGUUUGCUUAAUAUUUGCACAUGGUUGUGCAUUUUGAUGCUCAAUGAUUGUUUGGCAACCGAGAAACUGAAAGA